AUGUUUUUAAAAAGAAAUAUUUUACGUUUCGUUCGUAAUUUACUGUGCUUCGUAAUUACAUUAUUUCUAAUAAUUAUUUAUUUGGAACAACGUUAUCACAAGACUUCAUUGUUGGUUGAAAUUCCUGAAUCAGCAUAUAAAUUCAUUUCAUUUGAACAAAGAGGAACUCAGCAUUUGGACAUAACAACUUUGAAAAGAUUAAUUAAAAGCUAUAAUGAGGCGGAAAGGAUUCAUAACAACAUAGAUUUUGGGCCUGGUUUAAACGACUCUACUGUUAUUGUAAUAUUUGUCCACAAAAUUUCGGUGCAUUUAAAAUAUCUGAUCGCUUCUUUAAGUAAUAUACAAGGAAUUCAAGAUGUUUUAGUGAUUUUCUCACAUGCCUUCUAUGACAUUAAUAUAAAUAAAUUGAUAGAACAAAUUGAUUUUUGUCGUGUAUUGCAAAUAUUUUAUCCCUAUUCGAUUCAACUGUAUCCUAACGUAUUCCCUGGGAAUGACGAGCAGCAAAGACGGAGCAGAAGCGUUCGUCGCGCUUGUUUAGGUUCUUGUAUUGAUAGAAACUCACAAAAAGCUGAAAAGAAGCAUCACUGGUGGUGGACCGCGAAUAUGGUAUUUGAAAAUCUCUCUUCAGUUGAUGUGACUAAUGGCAAUAUUGUAUUUUUUUUGAACGAAGAUCAAUAUUUACUUGAAGAUUUUUUAUACAUGGUUAUUUAUAUGAAAAAAGCGGCUAAGUCUAUGCCGCAGUGCGAAAUGAUCUCGUUAGGAACAAUUGGUUCAAAUAAUAUCGCUGUUGGAAGGGACACAUAUCGCUUGGAAUUAACUACCUGGAACCCGAAAUAUCAUUCGGAUGUUUUAGGUUUUGAUUUGUCUACUUGGAAUACUAUCGUCUCACAUUUCGAUCUAUUCUGCCUAAUAGACGAUUACUCUUGGGCCAGAUCCCUACAGUACAUUUCCUUAAAUCGGCUAGAGGGUAACAAAUUUAAAGUAAUUUCAAGUAAAGUACCGAGAUCUUUUACGACGAAUUGUGGUGCAUACGACCUGACAAAUUGUGGUGAGUUUGAAGGGAUUUAUAAAGCUUUACAUAUACAAAAGCUAACGAGAAGUAAUAUGUUUCCGCCACUUUUUGAAAUUAAAAAUAACGUUGAAUUGAUUGAUGACAUUGAUAAUACUGUAACGGAAAGUAAUGGUGGUUGGAACGAUAUCCGUGAUAGGGAGUUUUGUAGUAACAUGACAAUAUCAAAAGUCAAAAAACUACUUUUAGAUAUGAAAACACAGUUUAUGUAA